CAGCAAGCCAGGGCUAAGCUGGUCUGAGAACUGUCGGGCAGAGAGUCUCUUUACGUGGUUGCUGAGAUGGAGGGCUCUCUGGCGGGGUGUGCCAAGGGCGAGCACUUCCACGUGGUCACGCCUCUGCUGGAGAGCUGGGCACUGUCCCAGGUGGCGGGCACAACUGUCUUCCUUAAAUAUGAGAAUGUGCAGCCAGCCGGCUCCUUCAAGAUCCGGGGCAUCGGGCAUUUCUGCCAGGAGAUGGCCAAGAGGGGCUGCAGACACCUGGUGUGCUCCUCAGGGGGCAAUGCAGGUGUCGCUGCUGCUUAUGCUGCUCGGAAGCUGGGCAUCCCCGCCACUGUCGUGCUCCCUGAGGGCACCUCCCUGCAGGUGGUGAAGAGGCUGCAGGGAGAGGGGGCCGAGGUUCAGCUGAGUGGAAAGGUCUGGGAUGAGGCCAAUCUGAAAGCACAAGAGUUGGCUAAGAGGGACAGCUGGGUGAACGUCCCCCCGUUUGACCACCCCCUGAUAUGGGACGGCCAUGCCAGCCUGGUGUGGGAGCUGAAGGCAGCGCUGGGGACACCACCAGGUGCCCUGGUACUGGCAGUGGGGGGCGGGGGGCUUCUGGCUGGGGUGGUAGCCGGCCUCGUGGAAGUGGGCUGGCAGCAUGUGCCCAUUGUCGCCAUGGAGACCCGCGGGGCACACUGUUUCAAUGCGGCCAUCGAGGCAGGCAGGCUGAUCACACUGCCGGGCAUCACCAGCGUGGCCAAGAGCCUGGGUGCCAAGACGGUGGCCGCGCGGGCCCUGGCGUGCAUGCAGGAGUGUGAGAUCCUCUCCGAGGUGGUGGAGGACAGUGAGGCUGUGAGUGCCAUGCAGCGGUUCUUAGAUGAUGAGCGUAUGUUAGUGGAGCCUGCCUGCGGGGCAGCCUUGGCCGCCAUCUACUCAGGCCUCCUGGGGAGGCUCCAGACUGAGGGCCGCCUGCGCCCUCCCCUGACGUCAGUCGUGGUCAUCGUGUGUGGAGGCAACAACAUUGACAGCCAACAGCUGCAGGCUCUGAAAAUCCAGUUGGGCCAGAACUGAGGGGUCCUGGCCUGGGAGGGCUGGCCGGGCCCUGGAUACCCCUGAGAGGCCCAUGAACACCCUUGUGGCUGGCUGAGCGGGACCUCUGUGCUGGUGGAUGACAGUGGAAACUUCCCUGUGCUUCUGCACUGGCCACCUCCUGCAGGAAGCCCUCCUGAAAUGCAGCCCCUGCAGCCCCAGCUAACAAACCCUUUCUGAGUUGACUUUGUCACUCCCACAGGUUCUGUCUUUUCAUCUCCAUGAGCUCACAGGAAGCACAGAACAGUCCUGAAGGCAGUUCUUGACAAAGUGACUCCAAGUCACACAGCAUGGGCAACAAAGCCAAGGCUUGCGACUCAGGUGUCUAAAGGAAUCCAGCUAUGCUGAGCUCCUAAAAGGGCUUCCCUUACCUGGAGGAGCAGCUCAGGUAGACAGGUCAGGAAGGAUAGGGCCUGUCACUUCUCAGGCCUGGGUGGGCGAGGACAAUAUUCCCAGUCUCCAUCAAGUGCUUGUUAUGUACCAGAAACUCUUCUAAGAACUUUCUACUCAUUGUCUUCUUUAAUGUUCAUUUAGACACUGUGAAGUGGAAACCAUCGUCACCGUCCCUGCUUUAUAGAUGAGGAAACUGAGGCACACAAAGUUUACAGAACUUGUCUGAGGUCACACAGGUGGGAUGUGGCCCAACUAGGUUCAAAUUCUGUGAUUUUCUUUCACUUUUUUUUUUAUUGUGGUAAAAUAUAUACCACGUAAGAUUUGCCAUUUUAACUAUUUUUAAACAUAAAACUCCGUGGAAUUAAUUACACUCACAAUGCUGUGUGACCAUCACCUCUAUUUCCAAAACUUUUUCAUCAUCCUGAACAUAAACUCUGUACCUAGUAAGCAAUAAUUUCCCAUUAUUUCUU